AUGUCAAACGCAUUAUUAUUACGACUUUUUAAAUCUGAAUAUUUUAAUGCGUGGAUUGCCAUUUCAUAUAUUUUUCGAUAUCCAGAUAACGUUGGUAUACAACAUUAUUUGUGUACAGAACUAAGAAAGUUUCCUAUUGCAGAAAUAGAAUUUUUUUUACCUCAACUCAUGCAUCUUUUAAUUACUAGACCUACAGAAUCUGUGGCACUUGAAUGUUAUCUCCUUGAUGCAUGUGAGAAAUCGAUGCAUAUUGCUGUCAUGAGUCUUUGGUAUUUACAAGCUUAUUUAUCAGAUUUAUCAGGAAAUCCACAGAACCCAUCUUUUCAACUAUGUAAACGAGUCCUUAAUCAAUGUCAAGCAAUCAUAUUUCAAGCAGACAAAACACCCGUUAUGACACAACGAGUCUAUGAAAAUGUAUUUCCAGCUUUAGUAGGUAUGGGUGCCAUGCUAGCUGGGAUUGGACAACCGUUGGUUACAAAACCAGUGGGUAGUGUAGCGAUUGCUCAAGGACGAAAAGAUAAUCUUUUAAAUUUAACUACAACAUCAAGCUCAACUCCAUUUUCUAGUAAUACUUCAUCUGACAACGAAGAAGAACAACAACAACAACAAGAGCAGCAGCAGCAGCAGCAGCAGCAGACAAGGAAUCAAAUAGUACUAAAGUCUAGACCUAUCUCACUAUUAUCAUCCUCAUCCACUUCAUCUAUUUUGAACAAAGGAUUUACUAUUUCACUUGAAGAUCUACAUCGAGGAAAAGCUUUUAGUGUAUCGAGAUAUCUUAAAGAAGCACAUCUUAAGAUGAUCACAGUUACAGGGAAAAAGACGAUAACUCAACCAGAAACACUCGAUCGUUUAGAUGCAAAAACUAUGGAAGCAAUGGCACAAUCCUCAGUACCUGUCAAUUACGAAACAACAACAACAACAACAACAACAACACCUGUAAAACCAUCUGUAACUCUUGGAUCACGUCCUUCUUCUUCUAUGACAGAUCUCACCCGAUUAAUGGAUGAUGAAGAAGAUUUAGUGCCUAACAACAUCCCUCUCAAAUCACACAGUGACAAUGAUGAUGUUGAUGACGAUGACGACAACAAUGAUAAUGAUGAUGAUGAUAACGACGAUGAUGAUGAAGUCUACACCCUCUCAAAACUCAGUCUUGAUCAUCGUCGCCAACUUUUAAGGUCCAACUACUUUAGAUCCGAAAUGCAAUUCUUAUUAGCUCUUGUAGAUAUCGCGACACGUUUAGUCAUUGUCCCUAAGGAAGCACGUUUAAGCGCGCUUCAUGCCGAAUUAACAUUGUUGAAUCAUAAUUUACCGGCUGAAAUUUGUAUGCCUUUAUGGUGUCCCGCGACAGUAGAACGACCCUAUCAUCAUCGAAUUGUGAGGAUCAGUCCUACAGAUGCUGUUGUCUUAAAUUCAGCAGAACGUGCACCAUACUUGUUGAUGAUUGAAGUGUUGGAUGAUGAGAUUAGUUUAGAGAACGGAUUCAAGUCUUCACUAAGCAGCUUAAAAAAGAAACAAAGAAAAUCAGUGAUCAAAAAACCAGUGGAAGAAGAAGAUAUGGUAGAUUUAGGUGAUUUAGGCUCACCACGUUCAUCACGUAGUUUAGAAGUAGUAGCAACCCCAACAAUAGCAGCAGCAGGAACAGCAGCAGCAGCAGCAACAACAGCAACAACAACAACAACAACAAUAGAUAAAGAUGACAAUAAAGUAGGUGGAUUCGAUGUAGAAGAGUUUGCAGAAAAGAUGAAGACUGCUGCGAUUUUAUUAGCUCAAUUACAGCUUGAACAACCUGAUGCACAAACUAUUCGUCAAAAGAUUAUUACUGAAAUGAUGGCACUUGAAGACGAUCGACUUGAAAAGAUGGCACUUGAAACAGUUGCAGAACAAAAGCUGGAUGAAGAUGCAUCAAGGGUAGCAAUGAUGGUAGUCAACAAAGAGGAUCCUAGUGCUGCUGUCUUUUCAGAAGAUUGGGAGAGUAAACAGAAUCGUAUUCGAGCCUCUAGUCCCUUUGGACACCUUCCUAAUUGGCGUCUCAUUUCCGUCAUUGUGAAGAAUGGAGCCGAUCUUCGUCAAGAACAAUUUGCCAUUCAGUUAAUUCGCGAAAUGCAAAAGAUUUGGCAAGAUACAAAGGUGCCGGUCUGGGUGCAGUAUGUUCGAGUCUUGGUCACCUCAGACGAUUCAGGUUUAAUUGAAACCGUCAAGAACUCAAUCUCGGUUCAUUCGAUUAAAAAGGAAGCAUAUCGACGUAAAUGGAACCAGAAUGGCUCUCUCUUUUCACUUAAAGAUUAUUAUACAAGACGAUGGGGACAUGAAGGCACAGCUAGCUACAAGCAAGCACAGGAUGCCUUUAUGAGGAGUCUAGCAGGUUAUUCAGUAGCUUCUUAUCUAAUGCAAAUCAAGGACCGUCAUAACGGUAACUUGUUAAUUGAUGAUCAAGGGCAUAUCAUUCAUAUUGAUUUUGGAUUCAUCUUAUCCAAUUCCCCUGGGUCAGUAGGAUUCGAGAUGGCGCCCUUUAAAUUACCACAGGAGUAUAUUGAUAUCUUGGGUGGAGUGCAAUCCCCGGUAUUUUUAGAAUAUAGACGAUUAGUAAAGGAAGCGUUUUUGGCAGUACGUAAGCAUAACGAUAAUAUCCUGUUACUAACAGAAAUAAUGGCCAAGGACUCCAAGUUACCAUGUUUUCAGAAUAGUGGAGUAUUAGCGUCACUUCGUGAAAGGUUUCAGUUACAUUUAACAGAGCCACAAGUGGAGGCAUUUGUAGACAAGUUAAUUAUGAGUAGUUGUUGUAACGUCUUUACACGACUUUAUGAUACAUACCAAUAUUAUUCUCAGGGUAUCUUGUAA